UCUCCUUCAAAAAGCAAUCGCAAUAGGAGGACUGGUUGGUAAAUGGCAACCAUCACCGUGUUCGUCCACGCUCCGUCGUUCGGUCGUCUUCUUUUCUUUUCCCGCUGCGCUGAAUCCGAUUUCGGAUACGAAACCCUAAUUUGAAGCUUUAUAUCUCAAGUAAUCACAAUUGAAAUCCAUUGUCAUUUCCGACUUCUUCUGGUACAGCUACUGAUCGAUCGUUUCGUUUCUACUAAUUUCAUAUUCUAGGCUUUCUACCUCAGGCGGAGGUGUCUAUUUUGCUUAAUUAUGUUGUUAUCGGAUUUUUAAGGAACUUAAUAGCAUAAACUCCGAUGGUAUAAUUGGGGCGGGUAUGGAGUUUUGCCCAAUUUUGCGGGGUUAGUUAUCGGACUUAUAUUAGAUGGCGAGUGGUGUUGAUGAAGACGGGGAUGCUGUUCUCAGCGACGUUGAAUGUGAUGAUCCCGUGCCCAUUGCGAUUCAUAAUCCGUCUCCGGAUGAAAUCUCCGUCGAGAGGUUUCGGGAGAUUCUUGCAGAGCGCGAUCGUGAGCGGCAAGCUCGAGAAGCAGCGGAGAAUUCGAAAUCGGAAUUGCAAGUAUCGUUUCAUCGCUUGAAAGCGCUUGCCCACGAGGCAAUUAAGAAGCGCGAUGAGUGUGCGAGGCAGCGGGACGAGGCAUUGAGGGAAAAGGAAGAAGCUUUGAAAUUUAAUGAAAAGGUUUCAGCGGAGUUGGCUGAGGCGAAUCGGCAGAAAGAUGAGGUCUCAAAACUUAGGGAUGAGAUUGCCAAGCAAUUUGACGAGAUCCUAAAGGAAAGGGAUACUUUGAGAUCGGAAAUUGGCAAUGCGUCACAUAUGCUGGUCACUGGGAUUGACAAGAUAUCCGCAAAAGUGAGUAAUUUCAAAAAUUUUACAGCUGGUGGGCUGCCUAGGUCGCAAAAGUAUACGGGAUUGCCUGCAGUUGCCUAUGGAGUCAUCAAGAGGACAAAUGAAAUCGUUGAAGAGCUUGUUAAGCAGAUUGACACCACAACGAAGUCAAGGAACGAAACCAGGGAACAGAUGGAGUAUAGGAAUUAUGAAAUUGCCAUUGAGGUUUCUCAGCUUGAAGCUACAAUCAGUGGGCUGAGGGAUGAUGUUUCCAAGAAAACUUCUGAUAUUGAAAACCUGGAGAACGCUAUUGCCGAAAAGGAUAGAAAGAUAUCUGAAAUUGAAGCAGAUCUGUCUGUUAAAUUAAGCAGGGCCGAGGAUGAAGCUUCUAAGCUAAGGCAGCUAAUGCAUGAGUAUGAUGAUAAGUUAAGGAAUUUGGAGUCAAAAGUGGAGUCCCAAAGACCUUUACUUAUUGAUCAGUUGAGUUUCAUUUCAAAAAUUCACGACCAAAUUUACGAUAUUAUUAAGAUAGUUGAUGCUAGUGAUGCAGACCAUUCAGAAUUUUCGGAGUCUUUGUUUCUACCCCGAGAAACAGACAUGGAGGAGAAUGUACGUGCAUCUUUGGCAGGAAUGGAAUCUCUUUAUGCAUUAACAACACUUGUCAGGGACAAGACUAGGAGUUUAAUCGAUGAGAAGGUUCAUGAGAUUAAGAAUUUAAAUCAGGCAGUUGCCCAGUUGCUCAAGGAGAAAGACCAUAUUGGAUAUUUACUGAGGAGUGCACUAUCGAAGAGGAUGACAUCUGAUCCCUCUUCAAAAGCAAAUCAAUUGUUUGAAGUUGCGGAGAAUGGUUUAAGAGAGGCUGGGAUUGAUUUCAAAUUCAGCAAGCUUCUUGGAGACGAGAAGUUUCCAGCUUCCAGGGACAAUGGGAAUGCACUAGAUGCAGAGGAGGAUGAAAUAUUCACCCUGGCUGGUGCUUUGGAGAAUAUUGUGAAGGCAUCUCAGAUUGAGAUAAUUGAUCUACGACAUUCCCUGGAAGAAUUAAGGGCAGAGUCAGUUUUACUUAAAGAGCACCUGGAAUCCCAAUCCAAGGAGCUUAAACUUAGGUCACUUCAAAUUCAGGAACUUGAAGAGAAGGAGAGAGUUGCCAAUGAAAGUGUUGAAGGGUUAAUGAUGGACAUUACAGCUGCGGAAGAAGAAAUCGUGAGAUGGAAGGUGGCUGCAGAGCAAGAAGCUGCUGCUGGCAGAGCUGUUGAACAGGAGUUUCUGGCACAGAUCUCAGCUAUUAAGCAGGAGCUUGAAGAAGCAAGGCAGGCGAUGGUGGAUUCGGAUAAAAAACUCAAAUUCAAAGAAGAGACAGCAAAUGCUGCCAUGGCAGCCAGAGAUGCAGCUGAGAAAUCAUUGAGACUAGCAGACUUGAGGGCGUCUAGGUUGAGGGAAAGGGUGGAAGAGCUGACCCGCCAGCUCGAAGAGCUUGACAACCGGGAAGAAUCUAGAAGAGGAUUAAAUGGGCAUAGAUACGUUUGCUGGCCAUGGCAGUGGCUUGGACUCGACUUUGUUGGCUCUCGCCGCCCAGAAACACAGCAAGAGAGUUCAAACGAGAUGGAACUUUCUGAGCCUCUUCUCUGAGAUUUUUCUCUCUCUUUUUGGUUGGGUGGGUUGGGGGGGGGUUAGUCUCUGUAUUUAUUGUGAAAAAGAUUAGAAGAUUAGAGAAAUAUAUAAUGUGCAGCUACUUUGUUAUUGAAUGCUCCUGGGUGAUUGAUUGUUUUUCAGGUAACAGUUGCUUCGAGCAGAAGUGAAUCUAUUAAUAACACCGUUCUUUCAUUUUGUGCUUC